AUGUUGUACCCGAAAGAAAAUCGAGCUGAAAAACGACUUGAGUACUGCUGCCGAAACUGUGGCUACAAAUCUGAAGCGGAGAACCCGUGUAUCUACGUCAACAAGCUGAUUUCAAAGAUGGACGAGUUGGUCGGAAUCGUGCCUGAAGUAUCGCAAGAUCCUGCUCUUCCGAGAACUGAUUCGCAUGAGUGUCCAUCCUGCGGCAACCGCGGCGUCUGCUUCUUCCAGUCAAUGUUGGUGAAAACCAUGUCGAUGAAGCUGUUCUACUGCUGCAACACUUGCUCCCACCGAUGGACCGACUACUAG